AUGUAUAAAAACAUCCUCAUUUUAUCAUACAUUCUCGUUAUCUUUGGAUUCUCUCAGUAUCAUUGUGCAAGCCCAUUGGAGGAAACUAUGGAGGUGUCUCAAGAUGCAGAAGGAGCUGCAAACACAGCUGGGUGCAAAGGCGAUCGAUGCAAAUUAAAGGUCAAGUUUGAAGAGAAAGGACAUCUUCAUCGUCCAUGCCGUGAAAAGUGCAGGGAUUUUGAAGGCUGCGAUUCAUCUGACGACGGCAGAGGAUGGAAUUUUGCCGGCAGAGAGACGAUUGAAAUAGAAGGUAUCAGAAGGGGCCAUCACCAUCACCAUCACCAUCACCAUCAUCGUCACCACCACCACCGUCAUCACGACCAUCGUCACUGCCAUCCAUAUGACAGAUGGUGUGGUAACUUCUAUUAA